GAUCCCUCCUCACACUUGAUUUACACUUGAUCACCUCCUUCUCUCUGACUCCCUCUAUCCAUCUCCCUCCCGCCUUCAAGAUUUCCUCGCGCUUAGGGUUUCGACGAUCUUCUUCUUCUCUGAUAUUUCUUCAUCUCUCUGGUCUAGAUUCAGAUCAAUGGAGAACUCACAGGCAAAUCAAUUACCUGAAGUAGAUUCAUUACCAGAUGGAUUUGUUGAGAGUUCUAAUGAACAAGAAGAACAACAACCUAGAACAACUCAUAAUUUUGAACAUGAAGAAUCAACGCCUUCACCACCAUCGCCACAAUCACCUCCUGAUUAUAAAGAUACAAUAUUAGAACUUGAUCAAUGUAGUGAUGCUGUACUGGAUACCUCGGAUACUUCUACGGUUACAGACAGCAGAUAUGAUGUCAAGGUAGAGAAACUGAGAACAUUUCCUGUGGCAUUAUCAGAGAAGGAUGGUGAAGAUUCAAUAGUAAAUAGGAGUUUUGCGGAGAGUACGGAAUGUGGUUCGAUUGGGUUUGUUUCUGAUUCUGGGAAUGGGCAUCAAUACCAGCAUUUUGAAGGGAGUUCUCAGAAUCCGGUGAAAGCAACUGCAGUGGGUUCAGAGUUGAGUGCAGCAGAAACUGCAGCAUCUUUGAAGAACAAAAAGCUAGAAGCCUCUGAUGUGAAGCGUAAAAGUGUAAAGCGUGGGUUCAAGACAGAAAGGGAGUUUCUAGAGUUCACUUUACAGUAUCAACAAGUUAUUGCCGAGAGAGAUGCAGCUAUUUCUGUUCGAGACAAGCUUGAGUCAUUAUGUAGGGAGUUGCAGCGUCAAAAUAAACUGCUGAUGGACGAAUGCGAGAGAGUGUCAACAGAGGGCCAAAAUAUGAGAUCAGAACUAUCUACCAAGUUCCAUGAUGCAAUUAAGGAUGUAAGCAGUAAACUUGAAGGGCAGAAAGAUGAAUGUCUCUUGCAACUCAAGGAGAAUGAGAUGCUGAGAAACAAGUUGAAGCAUCUCUGUGAUCAAUACACAGUUUCGGAACAGCAGUUCACCCAUAAGCUAAAGCAGAAAUCACUGGAACUCCAGAUUGCGGAUCUUAAAAUUCAGCAGCAUGAAGAGAAAUCGAAUCAGGAAAAAACCCAGAUGAAGUUGUAUGCCGAGCAAGUGUCGCAGCUAUUGGCUACAGAAAAGAAUCUUCGUUUACAAUUAUCAGCUGAUGGAGAAAAGUUUCAACAAUUCCAGGAUGCCUUGCUAAAAAGUAAUGAGGUAUUUGAAACUUUUAAGCAAGAGAUUGAGAAGAUGGCGAAAUCAAUAAAAGAACUCAAGAAGGAAAACAUUUUCUUGAAAAGCAAAUGCGAGAAGACAGAUGUCACUCUCAUAGAACUUGUUGGAGAGAGAGAACAUAUGAAGAAGCAACUGGAGAAACUGAAGAACCAAAAGGAAAAGCUGGAGUCCUUGUGCCGGUCACUACAAGCUCAAAGGAAACAAAGUCUUGCUGAGAGCAGCAGCUGCGAUGCGGUUUCAGUCGCAUCUUCUAUGGAACGAGAAACCUGAGAUAUAUGUGGAAUUAUUUUGUCUGUACACCCAUUAAGUGAAAAGAAAUUUAAAAGAAAAACAAAUUGUUGUUUCUUAUUUACUGGAGAACUUACGGAAUUGGAAACCACAUGAAUUCAAGAUGUUUUCCCACUUAAAGCGGUGAAAACAUUUUAUUUUUCAGCUCUCUAAGUUGCCAACUCUUUUGACAAGCAACAGAACUGCAUAACAUGGCAACCAUUAAAACUUUAUCUGUGUUUCUUUUUGUA